UGAGAACGGUGCAUGUGUGCGUGUGUUUAGGUGUGUGCAAGUUUGCGUGUGUGUACGUGUGCAAGAAACGCACCCCGGGGAGAAAAAGGUGCAGACAACUGGACAGCCGAGAGAGAGCAUAGAAGGACCGAGUUUUUAGAGAGAGAAUCAGUUUGUGUGGAGAUCCAGACGAGGACACUUGAAGCGCGCCGAGUGCUGCGCCACCGUGCGUCCCGGACACUUCAGCUGCGUGCUGCCCUUUGAUUACCGGUGCUGGUGAGACCAGAGGGUGUCAUUCCCUACAAAGGGGAACACUGAAGGAACACCAUGGCCUUAGCAGGAUGCGCUGACUACUUCUUGCGUCCCUCAAACUACCAGGAGAUCAUGGACCGCACUUCCUCUCGCAGACCUGAGGAGCUGAUUGUUCCUGGCUUUCAGCGCUCAGCCAAUGAAAAUGUGCCACAUCACCAUGAUGACGAUGUGGAUCUGGAGCAGCUAGUGAAUGACAUGAACUCCUCCAUGGAGAGUGUGUACUCUACACAGGCAGACACGGCGCUUAUCCUGAACAAUGGCCAUGUGCAUGCUCCACACCAAAACCACCACAUGCACCAUGCCUACGUGGGACACGGCCAGGCCCACCGUCGUCACACCCCGCCCUUUCCCCCCUCCUCCCCCUCCAGGGAGAAGCUGCGGCACUCUCAGCCCAUGCACAUCCAGGCCUUCAGGUUUCUGCAGGAAGAGCAUCGGCUACGUCCAGCCUCCCUGCCUGCCAUCCCCAACCCUUUCCCUGAGCUGUGCAGCCCAGCAGGCUCCCCCGUGCUCAGCCCCAUACAGACCACUGACAACCAUAUAGUGAAGGUGUGGAGUGAGGAUGGGGCCGGUAAAGUGGUGGAGAUCCCAGCAGACAUGACAGCCAGAGAUGUGUGUCAGCUCCUGGUCUACAAGAGCCACUGUCUGGACGACAACGCCUGGAGUCUGGUGGAGCACCAUCCCGUCCUUGGCCUCGAAAGGUGUCUGGAGGACCACGAGCUGGUGGUUCAGGUUCAAGUCUCCAUGAGCAGCGACAGUAAAUUCCUCUUCAGAAAGAACUAUGCCAAAUAUGAAUUCUUCAGGAACCCCCUGAACUUUUUUCCGGAGCAGAUGGUGGCUUGGUGUCAGGAGUCUGAUGGCUCGAUCUCUCAGUCACAGCUCUUACAGAAUUUUCUGAACUCCAGCAGUUGUCCAGAGAUCCAGGGCUAUCUGUACGUGAAGGAGCCUGGGCGUAGGUCCUGGAAGAAGCUCUACAUGUUCCUGCGCCGCUCCGGCCUCUACUACUCUACUAAAGGAACAUCCAAGGAACCUCGACACCUGCAGCUACUGUCAGAUCUGGAGGACAGCAACAUCUUCACCAUCAUCACGGGAAGAAAGGUCCACAACGCUCCCACAGACUACCAGUUCUGCAUCAAGCCCAGCAAAGUGAGGAGCGACUGUAAGGAGCUUAAGAUGCUGUGUGCUGAGGACGAACAGAGCAGGACCUGCUGGAUGACUGCCUUCAGACUGCUUAAAUAUGGACUAGUACUGUAUCAGAGCUACAACGUUCCCCAGCAGAGAAAGUCUAACCUCUCCCCUUUCUCAGCGCCUGUGCGGAGUGUAUCUGAGAAUUCCCUAGUCGCCAUGGACUUCUCCGGGCGGACUGGUCGCGUCAUCGACAACCCCGUGGAGGCCCAGAGCGCUGCCCUGGAGGAGGGACAGACCUGGAGGAAACGGAGCCAGCGCAUGAAUGUCCUGGGCAGUCCCAGCCCCUUGCACCCAUCUUCUCUGAGCACAGUGAUCCACAGGACACAGGUUUGGUUUCACGGUCGCAUCAUGAGAGAGGAAGCCCACAAAAUGAUCAUUCAACAAGGCCAAGUAGACGGGUUAUUCCUGUUGCGGGACAGUCAGAGUAAUCCCAAGGCAUUCGUGCUUACCUUGUGCCACCACCAGAAGAUCAAGCACUUCCAGAUCCUACCGUGUGAGGAGGACGGUCAGGUGUUCUUCAGCCUCGACGACGGCGCCACCAAGUUCACCGAUUUGAUCCACCUGGUGGAGUUCUACCAGCUUAACAGAGGAGUGCUCCCCAGCAAGCUGAAACACCCCUGCACCGCGGUGGCCUUGUGACACUCCCCGACCCCCAAUACCUCCAACCCCCGUUUUUUGCACACCUCUCACCCUGAGAUCCCACCCCCAUCUGCCCCUCCCUCACCAACACAAUGAGGUUGAGGAGAAAAAGUUAAGUUUUUGGGAUGUGUACAACUCGGCCAGCAUUGGAGUUUUAAUUUCCCCAAUGUGCCGGGGCUUUCCUCCGCCUUCCCGCUGUUUGGAUGCCUGAAUGGGAGUCGUCCGUACAGCCAAAGCGUCGGAGAUUGUGGACCUAGCAGUCGACCAACUCCUGAGAUGUCGUCAUGGAGACCGGAUUGUUUUGUCAUUGGCGUUUUUCACCCUGAAGGGAGACCAGAAUGUUGUGAAAACACAAAACAGCUAAGGUCUGUUCAGCAGGAGUGGAUCCCUCCCUCAGAGUCCCUCACCCUUUAUCCCCCUUAACCUCCCUCAUCCUCCAGGCCUGAUAAGCUGUGGUGCCUGCCCCAACCUCGCCCCUUUGCUACAGAGGUGGGCGGGGAGCGCCACCCUCUGACUUCCUCAUCGAUCAUCAGGGAUGGAUGGAAACCUCUCUGGGUCCUAUCAAACUUGAUCCAGGAGUUUUCUCAACCUGUGCAGUCCAGUCUGGAUAAGCUGACACCCUGCCCCCCCCCCCCCUCCAACCCAACACCCAAGCAGACUACAUGUGGCCUCUCUGCUGUGUCCUGUCCCACAACCCCUUUUGGUGCAACCCCGAUCCCGCCUCUCCUUCUCCGCAGAAGCUCAGAGAAACGUCGGGAGAGAAGUAGCUAAAGGCAAGAUAAGCAGAGCAGUGGCGAGGGUUUGCUGAAAGGACAGAGGAAUGUUUAUCAGGAAGGCUGCAACAAGCCUCUCUUGUAGAGUUGAUUACUUGAUGUCAUUUUAAUGCUUUUUUUAUUACUGUUGAUUCAAUGCAGAACUAGUUUUGCACUCCCGGGCGGACAGACUACAGUUGUUUUCUCUAGCUAAAUGAAGCUGCCUGCUCUCCAUUCCCCCCCACCCACCCCAAUUCCACCUAACCCCUGCCCCUCCCCUUCUGAAAAGCAUGCAUGUGAAUUUCCACCGGUUCUGAUUGGAUUACAGUGGCAUGGGAACAAAGAGAGCUAGGGCUGAUUAUGCAGUGCCUUUCAGGUAGGUUUGGGGACAUGACCAAUGUGUGGCUUGAACCAACACGACUGUGCUGUGGUUAAAUGAGUAAAAGAAUGUGCUUCUCAAGACAAAGAGGAAGAGGAGGAAGACUGUUAAAUAGACUCCUGAAAAGUGUGUCCACCCCCAAGCUUCAGCCAUUUAAAAAAAAAAAAAUUGAAAUGGUUAAAUCUGUUGGUGAAUUUGUCUUUGAAUGUCAUAUUCUUUUUCUAAGUCUGUUCCUAGCUCACUGCUUGCACAUUUUAAUUAUUGAUUUGAUAUUGAUGGGUUGGAGCUGUCAUGUUCAGAUUCUGACCACUGUUCUCUCACUCCAGAAAAGCAACAAAAGCACUCCAUGACUUUUUUUGUUUGUUUGUUUUAACAUGGAAUUGAUCAAA